UUAGCAACGAAUGACAGAGUGAAAUGGCUCACCCCACUAACUUGUACUUUUUUCCCCCUCAUUCCCCAAUUUAUACCCAUUCACCAACUCCACUUCUUUCUUUUCUCCUAUAAAGCAUCCUUACAGAAUAAAGUUUGAGACUUGGAAAUUGGGUUUGAUCGAGAGACAGAGAUUAUGGCCAGAAGAGAUCUUGAGAGUGGCGGUGGGAGAACCAAGAACAACAGAACAGAGGAAAACUACACUGCGCAUGAAUCUUCUAAUCUUUACGAAGCUGAUACCCAUUGGACAUCAUGGCUGGUUCCUAUGUUUGUGGUUGCUAAUAUUGCUGUUUUUGUUGUUUCCAUGUACAUCAACAAUUGUCCCAAGAAUAAUCUCGGUCUCCAAGGUGGCUGCGUGGCCAAGUUCCUUGGAAGGUUCUCCUUCGAACCUAUGCAGGAGAAUCCGUUGCUUGGUCCUUCUUCUUCAACAUUGACCAAGAUGGGAGCCCUUCGGUGGGAUAAUGUUGUGAACGGGCAUCAAGGAUGGAGACUUGUCACUUGCAUUUGGUUACACGCUGGGAUUAUUCAUUUGCUUGCUAACAUGUUGAGUCUGGUAUUCAUUGGGAUUCGUCUGGAACAGCAAUUCGGGUUUGUGAGGAUUGGAGUUAUAUACCUGGUGUCUGGGUUUGGUGGAAGUGUUCUGUCAUGUCUGUUUAUCAGAGACCACACUUCGGUGGGUGCUUCUGGUGCCCUUUUUGGACUUCUUGGCGCAAUGCUAUCUGAACUUAUCACAAACUGGACUAUAUAUUCCAACAAAGCAAUGGCAUUACUCACCCUUCUAGUGAUCAUUGUGAUCAACCUUGGCAUUGGCAUUUUGCCACACGUGGAUAACUUUGCUCACAUUGGAGGAUUCGUGGUGGGAUUUCUCCUAGGUUUUAUUUUGUUGCCUCGUCCUCAGUUUGGAUGGUUAGAGCAGCGUCGACUUCCUGCCGGUGUGCGUUUGAAGUCUAAGUACAAAGCUUACCAAUAUGUUUUAUGGAUAGUGUCUCUUGUUCUGUUGGCUGCAGGGUUAACAAUUGCAUUGGUGAUGCUAUUCCGGGGUGAGAAAGGGUAUGAUCACUGCCAUUGGUGUCGGUACCUAACAUGUGUCCCGACCUCUAAAUGGGAAUGCAGCAAUGGCAGUUAAGUCAGAGUGGGCAAACGAUAUUCACUUGCAAGUUCUUUUACGUGUAUAGCCAUAGCUCACAGAAACCUGGUUGUUUUGUGCAUUUCCUUCUUUCUUUUUCUUUUUUGCUUCAAAUAAUUGGUUUGCCUUUAUGGAUAUAUGCUAACUUCUUUCUUU